AUGGCUGCCAACACGCAGUCAGACAGCAAUGCAACCUCUCCAGGCGACCACGAACUCGAGGUCAUGGCGGACAAUAAGCCCAGCCUCCCGGUGGAGGAGGACAUCAUGCAGCUGGCGCGACUGGGUGAAAUUGCGGCUAUACAGAAACUCUUCGACGGCGGCAAGUUCGAUGCGACAUUCAAGGACGAGCAGGGCAUAACGCCGCUACAUUGGGCGGCUAUCAACAACCACUACGCGCUCUGCCACUUCCUCAUCCAGGCCGGCGCGCCCAUCAACGCAAAGGGCGGCGAUGCUGUCGCGACACCCGUGCUCUGGGCCGCAAAGCGCUGCAACUACUACAUCGUCAAUCUCCUCCUCGACCACGGCGCCGAUCCGCUCCUCACCGACGACCAGGGCUUCAAUCUCCUGCACAGCGCAACCCUCGAUGGCAAUGUGUACCAGAUUGUCCUGCUACUACACCAAGACAUACCCGUGGAUAUCGCAGAUCCGCAGAGUCACACCCCGCUCAUGUGGGCGGCAUACAAGGGCUAUCCGUCUUGCGUGGACCUGUUUCUCCGAUGGGGUGCCAACGUAUAUGCGACGGACGACCAAGGCUUCACGGCAUUGCAUUGGGCGCUUGUCAAGGGCAGUCAGGGAUCGAUACAGAAGCUGCUCGAGUACGGAGCGGACCGGUUCGCUAAGAACAACGACGGCAAGACGCCAGAGGUCACGGCGCAGGAGAUGAAUACCACCCGGCAAUGGCGUCGCGCUCUCAUGGAAGCUGGCUUCGACAAGAAUGGAAACGCGCGGCAGUUCCCCAUCCCGGGAGUGAAAGACACGAGGUGGUUCCUGAGCCGAUUCAUCUUCUUCUGGCCCUUUGCCAUUCUGUUCGUUGCGCUUUCUCUUGUCAGCCAUCUGCCAGCGUUUCUUGGUAUACCAUUGGCCGUGAUUUUUGCGUACGUUAUGCAAUGGGGAGCGCAAAGGUUGUUGCGCUGGGGUCCGUCGAACAUGCGGAGUAUACAUCAUACUCCUUUCCUAGCCGGUAUCUUCGCUGGCACGCUUUUCUGGGUCGGUGCACGGUGGGCAACGACUGUAUUACCAUGGACGAUACGAACGAACUUUCUUCUUAACUUCCUAUUUGCGGCGUUUUACGCAUCUACGGCCUAUUUUUACUUCUUCACUAUGACCACUGAUCCCGGCUUCGUGCCCAAGUCGGCGAGCAGAAGUGCAUCCAAAGCGGUUAUUGAUGAACUCAUGGAGCUACGACAAUUUGAUGAACACCAUUUCUGUGUGAACUGCAUGGUGCGGAAACCUCUGCGCAGUAAGCAUUGCAAGCGCUGCGAGCGCUGCGUCGCGAAGAGUGAUCAUCAUUGCCCGUGGGUUAACAACUGUGUGGCGAACAACAACCACAGACACUUUGUUUUAUACGUACUGUCUUUGGAGCUGGGCAUUGUCAUGUUCAUCAGGUUGGCACUUGCUUACUUGGAGAUACGUGACGCACCCACGGAUUACCCCAAAUGCGCCGUCAUCUCACCGGAACUUUGCAAAGUCCUCAACAAAGAUCCUUUCACGAUUGUGCUCUCAAUAUGGGCAGCUUUCCAGUUGACUUGGGUAACCAUGCUUCUCUGUGUCCAGCUGCUUCAGAUUGCGCGGAACCUCACAACCUACGAGAGCAUGCGCGGUCAUCUUCAUGGCGCUACACCCGCAGAUGCACUCAACUCCUUUGUUACGACCGGCGACACCAGUCAAGAUGUAUCUGGCGGUGCCGGCAGCGCACCAACGAACGGGUUUGGCUCCGGUCAAGAUACGGGCGACAUCCCCCGGCGUCCUCAACCGAAAGCCUCCAUCUGGGACCAGUGGAAGCGUCUCCUGGGAAUCGACACAUUCCUUACCAUUGCCCUUCACGGAAGUCAAGGAGAGCAAAUACGGCGGCAAAGGAGAGGGAACCCCUUUUCACGUGGCAUCGUUACAAAUUGCAAGGAUUUUUGGUGCGAUGCCAGUCCAAUGUUUGGCACGAAGGAAAGUGGUUAUGCGAGGCUUGGUGGUGAGCGAGUAGAUUAUACGAGGUUGUAUGAGGUGCCAAAGAUGAGGUAUCAGCGGGGCGGAGGAGGUGAGGGAGGGAGAUACGAGAGCGUAGCUGCGGAAGAGGAGUCAUGA